AUGGUUGAGUACCCACGCCCGAACACCAAAUUUAGCCUGGUCAAUCCUCUGAUCAUUCGAAAUCUCAAUGUCAAUCUCAAGAUCGAGGGCAUACGGAGUAGAUACUGGGCCCCUUCUCCUGGUUCAAGUCAGGCACUACACAAACUGGCUGUCCUCCAUGGUGAACAUCCCAAACCCCGCCCGGAUAGAUUAUGGUGGGAAAUUGGACAGCUGCCUGGAGCCAACGGCGUGGCAGAAUUUUCCCUGCAAGUCCGAGUGGCUUUUUCGGAUGUCAGGUUUAGGGGCUGCUCUAUUUCGCUGUGCCUGGCCGGGCUCGGACUUAUGAUUUUAGCCGCUUGGCCGGCAAAGCUUCUAUUCGAAGAUAGUGGCCGAGUGGAUAUGAACGCCGUCCUGUGA